ACAGUAUGACGUCACACAACAUCAAUGGCGGCCUUGUAAAAGAGUAAACAGGUUAGGUUGAAUAUCCUGCGAUUCUGUUUAUAUAUGGACUGCUAUAUUGCAUCGCCGAAUGGAACUUGCCAAUGCCUUUGUUCGUGUAAAUAUUUUCAUACCUUUCAUUGUGCUGUCAAAAUAAAUUAACGGAAUGUUUUUUUGGAAAACAGCUUGUAAGACUGAUUGCGGUCGUGCCUUUGGCCUUUGCUAUUCGUCUGCUUUAUGACUUUAUGAAUUGCCUUCAAACGACACCUCACACCUUUCCUCUCGUUUUGAUGUGCACACAUUAAAAGUGUAACACCGACAAGGAAAAAGUUACGUAGAAUAACUUACGCAAUGACAUUUAUUUUCGACUUCUGUUUAGUCUGAGUUAAAGUACUUUUCGGGCAAUCAUAGGGUCCAGGAAGGCAGGAUGGAGUCAAAGAAUGAGGUACACAGCCACACUUCGGCUAAUUUGAAGACCGUUUCACACAGUCACGGAUCAACGCAUCCAAAUGUUAAAAGAGUGUUCGAGGUGAUUUACAUGGGGUCAUCUGUAAUGGACAGAAGAUAUACACAAAGUGUGCAGCCAUGGGUUAUGACAGAGAUCCGAAGAAGAAAAUAUGGAUCUCGAGAAGUAACGCUUCAAGUUCUGUCACAUAACCUGAAAUGUACAGCAUGCGAUGCUGAAGGUCUUCAAGACCUCUUUGAUCACAAAUUAAAAGAUCUGACAAGAUUUGCCAAAUUGCAUCAAGAUCCAAGAUGUUUUGCCUAUUUAAGAAGGCAACAACUGAACAAUGAUUUUGAAUGCCACGUCUUCAUUGCAAAUAAAGAGUCAGUUGUACCAGAAUUGUUUCAUACUAUUCAAGUGGUUUCCAAGGAUUUUGUUAAGGAUACGGAGAGUGAAAGCCAUUCCACAGAUCCACAAUCUAAUAUGGUUGGCAUAGAUCAGUCGAAAGCUCGAUAUGAGGUGAUGUAUGUUGGAAGAGCUAAACUCAGUUCCAAGAAAGUGCCUACAGGUUAUAUUGAUGAACUUGUUGAUAAAUUACAUGCUAAAGAUGAAGAAAGACGAUUAAAAAAAUUGGAAGAAAGUGCCAGACGACAACGUAACCUCAGUGGUAACAGUGUGCGCAGUCUUCCAGCAACUUUGGAGGAAACAGUCGCAGUUACAGAAAAUGAACUCAUAGGUCAAAAAACUCGUCUUCAUAAUAGUGAUACACAGUUUUCCCCAGCAGAAAUGUUGUCAGAAGUUCAGUCUGAUAGCUGUGAGAGUAGUGUGGAUGAUUUAUCAAGUUGUGGAGAUAGAAUGAUGAACUCAACAGAGAAUGUAAGUGACAUUGUUACAGAGAGACAGUCAAGAUCAUCAGUAUCAAAAUUAGAUAGCAGUGAAGAUAUCAAUGAACAACUGGAAAAUAAAGAAACUGAGACACAAGAUGUAUUUUAUGAUCACAUACCAAAAUUUAGAGAUGAAGUGAAUCGUACCAUGCUCUUACAAAUAGGACCUGUAGAUCUUUCCUUUAUCAGUUUAGACAAGAAAUUAACUAUUCUUGAAAAAAGAUAUAAAGAUAUAUCAUUUGUUUCUCAGGGUAACAACAAGUUAGAUGUGUUUGGAAUUAUUGCCCGGGAGUCAGGAAGAGAAUUUAUUUGCCAUAUACUCAAGUGUUACUCAGAAUCAGUGGUUACCGAUAUUAUGAAUACUCUACAGUCAGCAUUUAAUUCAGCGUUUGAGAAGAGUAGAACUAUUCAACCUUCAACACAACAUCAGAUCUGCGUAAUGUGUCCACUACACCAGUUACACAAACUCUGUCAAGAAAUAAAUGGUAUGAAAGGACAAUUGGCACAUGAAUUAUUAGCAAGACGAGUUCAACAUUUAUCUGAAGCUGAUUAUAAUGAAGUAUUAGACAUGUUAAGGGAUGAAAAUCCUCAGACACAUGAAGAAAUGGUAGAAUUAAUCAUGAUAUCUUUACGUCAGUUGUGUGAAAGAAAACAAAAAGAACAUCUUCACAUUUCAGAAGGAUCAAACUCAAGUAAACCUGAGUUCAACUUGCUAGAAGAUAAAACUAAAUUCUUUGACAACUUUCGAACUAAAGCCAAGAAAAGUUUAGCAACUUCUUUUGAGAAUCUACUAAGGGGUAGAAAGAAAGAAGAUAGUAGAGAAGCAUUUCGAAAGAGAAGUUGGACAAGUGAAAAUGAGAGUAUUUCUAGCCGAAAAGGAUCUAUUGAUUCCUCUCCUACAUCUACACCAGAUGCUUCACCACUUGCUUCACCUGUAUCAAACAAUUUCCGUCAUACAUUUCCAAGUCCACCGUCAUCUCCUGAUGCCCCAAGAAAACGUAGUUCAACAGUUGGUGCCAUUCCAGAUCCAGCCAUUGCUGCUAGUCGACUUACUACAACGGAAAAACAUAGCGCAAUCACUAAACGUUACAGACAUGUAGGUCGUAAUAUUAACAGGAAUAAUGGCAAUAGCCCUAUUAAGAACAUUUUUUUAUUUGCCAGUUCGCCCCAACCCAUGGACACACCCCCUUCUUUUACAACACAAGAUUCAACCAAUGAAUUGACACCAUCUAUGUGUGUUACCCCACAACGCCAACGUAGAAGUUCAUGGAGACAGGAAAUAUUUUAUCGUGUUGUAACUCCAGUUCAAGUUCCAGAAUCUAAAUCUAUUACAGAGAGUCCAGUACAAGAUGAAGUGGAUGGUUGUAAAUUAUCUAGUAGUGAAUUACGUUCUCUGUGGAAGAAAGCUAUUCUAGAAACACUAUUAUUGAUCAGAAUGGAAAAAGAAAAUCACAGUUUAGUGGCUAGACAAGAUGAAGCCCAGUUAAAAAGAAAUAAGUUAGAUUAUAUGGAAGUGAUACCAUGUUUAAAAGAUGUUACUAAAGAUUGGGAGAAUAUAUUGAGUAAACCUACAGAUUAUAAAUUUCAUAUGUCAAAUUUAUUAGAAUGUGUCAGAAAAGGUGUACCACGAUGUAUUAGAGGCAAUAUCUGGCAAUUACUAUGGAAACAACAUGUUAUACAUAAAACCCAAUCAGAGUGUGAAAUAACAUCGCAUGCUGAUUAUUAUGAUUUAUUAAAACAACUUACAACUCAUCAACAUGCUAUACUUAUAGAUCUAGGUCGUACAUUCCCUGGACAUCCUUAUUUUUCUGUUCAACUUGGACCAGGCCAAUUAGAAUUGUUUAAUAUAUUAAAAGCCUACAGUUUAUUGGAUCAAGAAGUAGGUUAUUGCCAGGGCCUUAGUUUUAUAGCUGGUAUACUCAUCAUGCAUAUGGAAGAGAUUGAAGCAUUUGAUACUUUAAAGUAUAUGAUGUUUAAUUUAGGUUUACGUAUACAAUAUCGUCCAAAUAUGAUAGCUUUACAGAUAAAACUGUAUCAGCUGACACGUUUAAUACAUGAUCAUUAUAAGGAUCUUUAUGAACAUUUUGAGAAAUAUGAAAUUGGUCCUACAUUAUAUGCUGCUCCUUGGUUUUUAACUCUGUUUGCUUCACAGUUUCCGUUAGGUUUUGUGGCAAGGGUAUUUGAUCUGCUGUUUAUACAAGGAGUGGAUGUGAUAUAUAAAGUUGCUCUCCUUUUGCUUGGAACCCAUAAAGAGUUAAUCAUGCAGUGUGAUAGUUUUGAAACUAUUGUUGAAUUUCUUAAAACAACCUUACCUGAAAUGAUAGAAGUUCAAAUGGAAAGGGUCAUAAACCAGGCAUUUGAUAUGAAUAUCAGUAAACAACUACAUGCGUAUGAAGUAGAAUAUCAUGUUCUACGUGAAGAAAUGAUACAUACUUCAAAACGUGGUGAUUCUGAUCUGGUUCAUCAGCUGGAAAAAGUACAUCGUAACUUACGUCAACAGAACAUGGACUUACUGGAGAAAUUACAACAGGCUCAUAGUCAACAACAUAGUCUUUCAUCUGCUUUACAUGAUUCUCAAGUUAAUGAAUCAAAUCUUAAGUCACGAGUACAGACAUUAGAAUUAGAACGUGGAGCACUAUUAAAUACUGUAGCUAGGUUAAGGAAACUUGUUCCUGAAGAAGAACUCGGUAAAUUAGAUUCUAGUUCAGAACCUAUAAACCCUGAAGUAAAUAGUGUAUCUGAUUUGAUGUAUACCAGUUAUCAUGACUAUAGUAAUAGACCAUAUUUGGCAAAUUCUUCUCAGUCUUCAAGUGUUGAUCAUUCUAGUGAAGAUUACCAGAAAAAGACAAUGAUACCACUGUCAAAACAUAAUUCCUGUUAAAUUGCCUUAUGUUAUCAUUUGCAGGAUAAAGUUGUUCUUUGUCAGAAAGUUCAAUUUUAACUGGAAUUUUCCUCUAGUUAUUGUUUUGUAGUGAUAUUUUGUUCUGUUGUGCCAUUUAAGUUUAGACUUAGUAGCUAUUUGUUUUGUUUUUGGUCCAUAUGCAUGGAUCGUUCUUAUCUAAAAUAUCUACAUAAAUAAAGUAUUUAGUCUUGAGGGAGUUGAGCAGUCUAAAAUGCACAUUUUAAAGCUAGGGCUGUAUGUUUUGUGCAUAAGAUAUGACAUUUUUUUGUUAUUUGGGGUUAUAAACUACAUAUUAAUCAUCAAAAAAUUAGCAAUUUUAUUUACCAUGUUCCAAACUUGACCCAAAUGCAUGAUAAUAAUGGUGCUGAUGACAACAAAAGACAAAUCUUCUCAGUUAUGCCUGCUAUAUAUUGUGAUUUGUCUUGGUAUUCAUGGAAAUUUCGACACCAAAAAUCAUUAUAAAAUAUCAACUUAAAGUAUUUUAAAAUAUUUGUUGAUUAUUUACCUUCAAACGAGAUUCUUUGAAUAUGUCCCCAUUCUUUACAUUCAAAAAUGGUAGUCUUCGACCAUCAAAAAAUGAAAUCAGCCAUGUUCCAAUCGUGAUAGAUGGUAGAUCUGGAUAAUCCCAUAUUAGAGGAAAUUCCUUCUGAUGUCAAUAAUCUAAUGUGAAACUGCUGCUGGAGGCGGCCAUGAUUGUUUACAGCGGAUGACGUGAACAGUGUGUACGACAUCAUAAUUCAUUUAAGAACUGAUCUACAUGUAGGUUGGGGAAAACGUAUUGUUUGCUAUAAAUAGUUUUUUUCUUUCCGCUUGUAUCUCCAUUAUUACACAACAAGUGGUCAGACUGUAAUGUGCCCUCUGGAUUAUUUUAUACGUGGAACAAGUUAGCAAAGUCUUAAUAAGAUUGGUGUUGAAAAGUUAGUGUGCGUAUCUUAGACUACUCAUCUAUCUUAGACUACUCAUCGCCCUUAAAUAAACUAUAUACAGUACAUAUCUUUAUAUAAUUCACAUCUUUCAUGUAAAUGAACUGUAACUUUAAUAAACUUUACACCCAUAGAUAUAACGACUGGUGUUCUGUAAACAAACUCCCAUUCACUACAAAAAUUUAGAGGUCAGGACAUCAUUAAUCGAAAUAACACAUCAAAUAAACCCAAUUUAAUACUUUAUUUUGACCCAAGGGGUCUUAGCCUCUUUAAAUGGUUUAACUUCUCAUUGAUGUUAAUUGUAUUAUUUACAUAUUUCAACCUCAAAUAUACAAUUUUGAGUUUUACUGGUAUAUUAGGUCUUUAUGAAAGAGAUGGUGAUAUUUAAAAAGUAGAUCUGAUAGAUUGUCUAGGUGUUAGAUUAUGUAAAUGAUGACCAGUAUUACUCAAAUUUACAUGUAAAUUCUGUUGAUCUAAUGUUUUGUUGUUGAGAAAUAUAUAUAUUUAAAUGUUGAAAUGUACAUCACAUGGUUUUUAUAAGGGAUAUUUUAAUUGUAACUGCCAUUUUUUUUUUUAAGUCUCAUUUUUAUGUCAUUAAAAUCUAUUUUGUUCGACUAAUAUAUAUAUAUAUAUAUAUAUAUAUAUAUAUAUAAUAUUGAUAUUAUUAAUUUGACAGGAUUGUUAGAAGUCGGAUGACUGUACUAGUAGCUUCAAAGUGCUGAACAGAUUUAACGAAUGUUUAUAUAUUAUUUUUUAUAUACAUAUAUAUUUAGAUAAUUAUUAAAAUAAGAUUCUCAAGAAGAAUUGAAAAGCUUAUUGAAGAAUAUGCAAUCAAUGCCACGUAGAUAUUAAAGUCUUAACAAAUACUAGUUAGGCUUAUCAAACGAACAGAUAUAAGGGAGGUACAUAUAUUUCUGUGUAAAAUGUUGUCUUUUGAUCAGUAGUUAGAUUUUUUUUGAUAAUAUAUCAACAUUAUUAUUGCUAAUAAUGACCAUGUUUCAAAUAGUUUGAACUUCCAAUUAAAACGGGAGGUAACUCUUCAAUAAUGUAGUGUUUUCUGAUUGACAACAUAAAUACACAAUGUUAAAUGGUUUGUAUCUCGGUCGGCACGAUUAGGAGUGGCCAUUAACUAGAGUGUCAUUUAAACCAGUAGGCCUACAUAAUAUUUAAUUUAGGAACCAUGCUAUGCUUAGCCUACUCUGGAAGGACACCUGUAACAAGACGUCUAAGUCGGGCUUACAUGUAUGUCAACCUUACAACUGGGAACAACUGGCUUCCAACUGAAAAUGGUCGACCUGAAUGCCUCUACAACUGAAAGCUACUACCGGUAGUUCCAGUCAGUUGAAACUAGUUGCUAUUGACACAAAUGUUCUUACUACUGACUCAAACUCGUUUUCACGGAAACAUGAAAAAGUCUGAAAAAUGUCUUGAGAGUGUCAAAUACACAGUAGGAGCCUAUGAAGACCAAACAGCUCUUUAUUCUGUGUUGUUAAUUCUUAGUUCUUGUAUAUUCAAAUUUUAGCCUAUCUUAAAAUCAAUAUUUGUUUUACAAAUCAGACAUUUGUCAUAUCAGAUUUUAAUUGUAUCUCUGUUUAAUUUAAUUGUAUUUUAAUAUAAUAAUAAAAUUUCUUUUAGAAAAUCAAAGAUAGGUUGCCAGGCAACGAAACAUACGCCCACAGCAGCUAAAUCGUCCGGGCAGUCAGCAAGAGUUGUCGCAUAUUUUUACUUUUUUCGGUAAUGAAACAUUUAUAAUACACUAAAAUCUGAUUAAGAGUAACAACUCAAUCUGAUUAAAAUACAGAUCUAUAUUUCGUUUUUUUAUACUUUCGAUGGCCUACACUACAUGAAGAUCAGACAAGUAUUGAAAAUCAAUAUACUUGUCGUCUCAAGACCUUAAACUCUGUAUAUCAAUCUUAAGUCAAUCAGAUGAUAACUUUAGCCUCUGGAGCGUCCACAAGAUUUUUUGAAGUGAUCAACUCUGGCAGUAAUUAUCGGAAAUCGCUAAAAAUCAAUGGGCUUCUUUGUCUCAUGACCUUAAACACUGUGAAUAAAUUUAACUUUAGUCUCUUGAGCGUCCACAAGCAAUUGUGGAUGCCAGACCGACGCGACGACAAAAUACGACUACAUUUGAUCAGGAAUUUUAUCAUAUUAAAAUACAAUUAAAUUAAUAAUUUAGAUGACAUAUAAGGCCUAAAGAAAGACCUGCAAUAGGCAGAUUUAGCUCUUGCAUAAUACAUGUUUUAAGUUGCUGUUGCCUUCUUCAUUAGCCCAGUUGAUGUAGGUUGUUAAACCCCCAUUUCAUUCCAAGUUGCCAUUAAUAUGAGCGCUCUUACAAUGGCCAUUUACAUUUUCCAUGUAAACAAGUUGAGAGAAAUAUGUUAACAGGUAAAAUGGAAGCUAUUGAAGGUAUCAGCCUUUUAAGUGUCAAUGAUGUCAAACAAUUGUGGGGAAAAAAGAGACCAUGCCUUUGGGGUGAUGCAUCUUCUUAGGCAUUCACCAUUUUGUUGGUCAUGGGAUAAAUUAACAUUCACCAUCAGUUCCAAUUUGAUCUUUAUAAGCAUGUUUACAACUAGCUGAAAGCAGUUUCUCCCCACUUUAGCUAUAAAAAAUAUACAGGUUUUGAUUAAUAGGGGCCCUCUUGUGACAUAUAACUCUAUAUUAUUAAUAGAUGAAGCUUGUUAACAGAUCAUAGUAUCAGUAUUGUUCCAAGUAAAAUUUCAAGUGUUUGCUCAGUAAAAAAAUAAACCUAACUAAUUGGUGUCAUAAGUCUUAGUUCUAUACUAUUAUAAGUACAUAUCAUAAAUAUUUGUUUUUUUUUAUAUCCUAUAUAAUUAUGUGAACCGUUGUUGUGGUUAUUUGAAAAUCAAGCAACCCAGAAAAAGUUGAGGGAAAUUUCCUCCUGUAUACAUAUUUAUAUGAUCAUGUAGAUUAAUAAAAUAAUAUGCAUAAUAGAUGUAUGAAUACAGAUAAAGGGCUUGUUGUGAUACAUGAUACAUGUACAUCCAUCCUCUUCUUAUAAAGUAGAAGGAUAUUUGAAUGGAAUCCGGUAACUUUAGUAUUGCUCCAUAUUGUAAGAGUGGGUACAGCUAAGUAAGAAAAAUUAUUGUGAUUCUUUAGGUAAAAAAAUCUUUGCAUUGCACUGUAAAAUAUAAUUGGCACAUUGAUAGGUUUCCAUGAUGUACCAGUGAUCAAGUGCAAUUAUCAGAAACUGUUGUAAUUUAAAUGACUUUCAUUAAACAAAGAAUACAUGUAUCAAUUUAAAGUAGAUACAAUGUUUGCUAUAACAAAACUCUAUAAAGUCAGCAAGGGCCAUAACUCUUAAUAGUAAAUAACAAGAGAUUGUGGACUGACUGACGGCGGCGUGACAAAAAUGGUUAACUGUGUUAACCGCAAUGAAAAGUGGUAUCAAUUUUCUGGAAAAAGUAAGUAUACCUUUUUUGCGUUAAGCACCGAUCACCAGAUGCAGUGAUAGUUCAGUUAUGUGAGGUAAUAGUAGAAACUGAACAUGCAAGAAAAUAUCAAAGACAAAACAAACUGAUGUUUACAAUCUUUUACACUUUGUACAUAUAGCUAUAAGUCUCACAUCUUCAUUUACAAAUAGUACCAAUAUAAUACAUAAAGCUAGUGAGCAGGAAACAAAUAUAACACCAUGCCAACUUCAUCCAAAUUAUUGUCACUUGACUACAACUACAUAAAGUUCAAUUCAGCUCAAAAUAUCA